CUAAGACCUUUAAAUAUACAGUAAUGCUUGAAACGAUCAUUUUCGUUUUCUUCUUAAAUUCUGCAAAAUACUUAUCUUUGUGAAUGAAACUGUUUCUUGUUCUACAGAUAUUUAUAGACAGGGAUCCAACAGCAUUUGCACCAAUUUUGAACUUCCUCCGGACCAAAGAAUUAGACCUAAGGGGUGUAAACAUUAAUAUCCUUCGACAUGAAGCUGAAUUUUAUGGCAUCACACCUUUGGUACGGAGGCUGCUCCUCUGUGAGGAGCUGGAGCGCUCCUCGUGCGGCAGUGUGCUCUUCCAUGGCUACCUCCCACCUCCAGCCAUCCCGCCUCGUAAGGACAGUGUGGCUCCCUCACCUGCCACCGCUGCCCAGGAGGAGCGGCCGGGGCCAGGCGGGGCCGAGGGGGGCCUCCCCAGGCCCUGUCCUCACACCUCCCUUCCCAGCCCUCCUGGAUCUGAUGCCCCACAAAGACUGGGCUCACCUGUGGACCCCAGGAAAGUGUUGAUAGUUGCUGGGCACCACAACUGGAUUGUUGUAGCAUAUGCACAUUUCGUCAUCUGUUACAGGUAGAGGUCAAGCAGAAUGGAUAUAGAAGGGAAGCUGGGCUGCUGAGCAUUGCUGGCCGUCUCCGCAGGUUUACCCCCCCCACCAACGCUGCCCCCAGCCGCCCGGACUCCCUUCAUAUCGCCAUUUACCCGCCAAUGCACUGAAUUUAUCUUUUUACUCCAACAUCCCACCCUGCUGCUUCCAUCAUUGUUUACUUUUACAUUGUGUGUGAAUAUUGUUAACGUACCCCCCCACUUGUCCUGUCUACCCAUGCUCUCCAUUUAUAGGCCUAUAUGUACGUACCCCCCCACUUGUCCUGUCUACCCAUGCUCUCCAUUUAUAGGCCUAUAUGUACGUACCCCCCCACUUGUCCUGUCUACC